AUGACUCAUUCUAACAAGAGGCCCAAGCAGUGGGGCGGGGCCAAGGGGCAGCAGAGGGAGGGUCCGAGCGCUCCCGUCCCGAUCGGCAGACCCAACAGCCAGUGUUGGUCAGUGCACUUGGAGCGAAGCAGGUGUGGGACUACUGUAACCCAGGAUGAGCAGGAGACCAUCACAGAGACUCCAGGGACCACCACAGAGACCCCAGAGGACAUCAGCAGGGUGGGCGAGGCGAUCCUUAACGUGGCCAGUGGAAUCAGUAAGUCAGUAGAGGAGUGGGGCCAAAACGCUUCCCUGACACCUGCCCCAAGCCCGGGCGCUACUAACGGGAUCCCCACGGAGGAUGCUGCGCUCGCUAACACCACGGGUAAUACUGCCGAGGGUGACGAUGGGAGGGGGGUGAUCGGGCAAGGGGCGGGGCGGUGUCUCCCUGUGCCCCCCGAUUGGCCGAUAUGCGCGAGUGAACGACCGGCCUUUUUUAGCCUUCCCAACUUUCUCAAUCACACCUCAGCCGAGCAGGUGGGGGCGGAGCUCAGGCGGUGGGCGUGGCUGGUGCAGGCGGGUUGCCAUAGCGGCGCAGAGGUGUUCCUUUGCCGCCUGCUGGUGCCCGCCUGCUCCCAGCAUGCCGGGUUGGUGCGCUGGCCUUGUCCAGAGUUCUGUUAUGGGCUGCAGGACAGAUGCUGGCAGGUUCUGGAGGAUGGAGACCUGCCCCUGGGCUGUGACCUGCUGCCCCGCUCGGACCACUGUGUGUGGGUUAGAUCCUACAAAGGUGACAAGGGCCUCAGCUUCCUGCAGCUCCUGGGUCAGGGCCCCGGGGACAGCACCAGUCGGGGGACCGGGCCCCAGGGAGAGUCUUCUUACAUCUUCAGCCGGGGCUCCGUGUCGGGACAGCCUGCCGUGGCCCUGCUCCCCAACCCCUUCUACAGAUACUUCUCUCUGCUCUUCCACAUCAAACCCACGUCCGACACCGCCUCCGUGCUGCUGGCGGUGACCGAUGGCCCUCAGAACAUCAUGUACGUGGGGGUGAAGCUCAGCGCGGUGGUGGACGGGAAGCAGAAGGUGCAGUUCUUCUACACAGAGCCCGACUCGGAUCGUUCGUACGAGGCCGCCAGCUUCAGCGUUCCCAGCAUGGUGGGCCGGUGGUCGCGCUUCGCUCUGUCUGUGUCCCAAGAGGAGCAGGUCAGCUUCUAUCACGGCUGCGACUCGGCCCCCCAGGUGCUUCGCUUCGAACGCUCGCCAGACCCCAUGGACCUGGACAAGGCCUCGGGGGUGUUUGUGGGACAGGCCGGGCGGGCGGACCCUGACAAGUUCCAGGGGGAGGUCCUGGAGAUGAGGCUGGUUGGGGACCCUCAAGAAGCCGAGCACCUGUGUGACGGGGACGAUGACACGGAUGCGGCGUCUGGGGACUUUGGGAGCGGAGCUGGAGACCGGAGCCAAACUGGCAACAGAGUGCAGUAUCCUCGCUCCAUCAAGGAUCCUGCAGUUCUUGCCACCUACACAUCAUAG